UUGAAUUAUAAAGAACGAUUUACAGACAGUUCAGAUUGUUAAUCCCUUCGUGUCCGUGUCAACGUCUUUCAGGAACCUGUGUACGUAUUUAUAUUUUAUGUCGAAAUUAUUCACUUCACCCUUCAACCCGAAAAGCCGCCCUGAAUCAUACAAAGUUACAGCUCUACAUAAACAUUCGAAAAGAAUCAGAUUUGUUUUGAAUUCCAUGUGGAAAAAAUUCUGGCCGCACGAUCUGGCAGAAGGAACAAAAGAAGCCUUCAAGUCAGGGUACAUCACAAGACUAUGGAUGAUGUUAUUUCUGCUAACCACUGGUUUUUUAUUCUCCUUGGCGAGUAUCACAUCUCCAAUAUUCAGCAAGAACAGAGAAUUACCAUACAAGACGCUAUUUCCAUUCGAUUUCCAUGCCACACCUAUUUACCAGAUAAUAUACAUUCUGCAAAUUGGAACACAUUACCUGAUUGACAUGAGCGUGUGCGGUUUCGAUUUUUUAUUUAUGGGCAUAUGUGCAGGCCUUACCAACCAGUAUAUUUUAUUGGGAAAGACUUACGAGCAAGUGGGAACUGAAAAUAUGGUACCUCUGUAUAAUAAAAUCCGCAAGUUGGAUGGUAGAAGAAGACUAUUAGGAUUUGGUCAGGACAGAAAAUUCUUGAGGUUGUGCAUUGAACACCAUCAACUGCUGACUCGGACAACUGUGGUCGUAGAAGAGAUAUUCAAUGUAGUAGCUUUUCUACAGUUGUGUAGUAGUGUACUGGCGACUUGUGUAUCAGGUUUCAUAGCGACGAAGGACGAUGUUAGUAGUUCCCAAAUAGCAAUCAUGGGCCCGUAUUUGAUUGGUCAUCUAAUACAACUAUAUAUUUACUGUGGAGUGGGGAAUGAACUUUAUCAGGUAAAUAAAAUUGCAGCAAUGAGUUUAAGUGUGCUAAGGUGA